GAUGCAUAAGCGGAAGCAGUCGGGCGCCAUUUCAGUGCGGAGUUGCUGCUCGCUGCGUCGUCGUCCCCCGGCGAGCCGUGGCGACAGCCCAGCCGCCUUUAAUUGGAUCCUACCAACACGCAAGCCCGAUGGAAGCGGCCCUAAAUCUGCCACACGGAAGUUCCAUAGUCGGGCUGUCCUGCGGCGGGAUGGACCAGCACACAAGCACUGGCAAACGUAUACGCAAGCCCUCCCUGCUGUACGAGGACUUUGAGAGCCCUUCCCUGCUACACACUAUGCCCCUGGGUCCCCCUGCCCCGCCUCAGCCUCCUGUCAAGGACCCUUCCAGGCUGGGCCGCGUCACCAACCAGCUACAGUAUCUCCAGAAGACCUUGCUCAAGUGCCUUUGGAAGCAUCACUUUGCUUGGCCAUUUCACGAGCCGGUGGACGCCCACAGGCUUAAUUUGCCGGAUUAUCACAAAAUAAUCAAGCAACCUAUGGACAUGGGCACGAUCAAAAAGCGCCUGGAGAACAACUACUACCGCAGUGCAUGUGAGUGCAUACAGGACUUCAACACCAUGUUCACCAACUGCUACAUCUACAACAAACCGACAGACGACAUUGUGCUGAUGGCCCAGUCCUUGGAGAAGAUCUUUCUCCAAAAGGUGGCUCAGAUGCCACAGGAGGAGGAGGAGUUGGCCUCUCCCAUUGCCCGCAAGAAAAACGGCAGAGGAAGAGGCUGCAAGUCAAGCCCAAUGAGAGCCCAGCAGGUGCCCGCCGUUUCACAGUCUGCUUACUCGCCGUCCUCCUCGGACACGGGGGACUCGAUGAUGGACAACUCUCCCCAAACUAUGCUGACCAAGAGCCUGCCUCCAGCCAACAUCAUGGGGCUGCCCCCGACGCAGCCCACCACCAAGAAAAAGGGUGUGAAGCGUAAGGCGGACACCACCACUCCGUCCACUAUGUCGGCAGAUGGGCACGGACUCAUGGUGGGCCUGGGAAAGGGAGGCCACGGAAGCCAGGUCCACGACUCGUCUAUGAAUUCCAUCUCCUCCUUGGGGGGUAUGACUUUAGAGACUCCGGCUGGUAUGGGCCUGGUGCACAGCCCAGGAGGCCCCGUUCUGCUUCAACCCAUGAUGUCCAGCACAGGACGCCGGGUGGGCAGCGGCCGCCCAAUCAAGCCCCCCAAAAAGGACUUGCCGGACUCUCUGCAGCUCCAGCCUUCACGAAAGGGCAAGCUGAGCCCCCUGAUGCGGUACUGCAGCGGGCUGCUCAAGGACAUGCUCUCCAAGAAGCACGCGGCCUACGCCUGGCCUUUCUACAAGCCUGUGGAUGCAGCGGCGCUCGGCCUGCACGACUAUCAUGACAUCAUCAAGUCUCCCAUGGACCUCAGCACCAUCAAGAGAAAGAUGGAUGGUCGCGAGUACCGAGACGCUCAGCAGUUUGCCAGCGACGUCAGACUCAUGUUCUCCAACUGCUACAAGUACAACCCCCCCGACCACGACGUUGUGGGUAUGGCACGCAAGCUGCAAGAUGUGUUUGAGUUCAGUUUUGCCAAGAUGCCCGACGAGCCACACCUGGACCAUGGUGCCAUGUCCAUGAGCGGCCACCCGACUUCCUCGUCGUCAUCCUCGUCGUCGUCCUCCUCCUCCUCUUCCUCAUCCGCCUCCGAGAGCGAGCCCAGCAGCGAGAGCGAGGAGAGCGAGAGCAGCCCCAGCUCGGACAGCGAGGAGGAGCGGGCGCACCGCUUGGCGGAGCUGCAGGACCAGGUGUGCACGCAGUUGAGAGCAGUGCACGAGCAGCUGGCGGCGCUCUCCCAAGGUCCCAUUGUCAAACCCAAAAAGAAGAAAGAGAAGAGGGACAAGAAAGACAAGAAGAAGAAGAGGAAGCUGGACAAGCGGAGUCGCGGUGCAAAAAGCAGAGCGGGCUCCGAGGAGUGGAAGAUGCCCGCCAAGAUGAUGAGCAAAAGCAAAACGUUGCGAGCGGGGGGUUCCUCCCAGGCUAAGAAGAGCCAGACGAAGAAGAGCAGCAAGAACAGCAAGAGCGCCAAGAAGCCCUUUUACCCUCUGCUGUCCGAUUCACUGCUGCCGCACUACGACUCCGAGGAGGAGGAUGAGAUCGUCUCCAUGUCGUACGACGAGAAGCGCCAGCUAAGCCUGGACAUCAACAAGCUGCCGGGCGAGAAGCUGGGCCGCGUGGUCCACAUCAUACAGUCCAGGGAGCCCUCGCUGAGGGACACCAACCCUGAGGAGAUCGAAAUCGACUUUGAGACGCUCAAGCCGUCCACGCUGAAAGAGCUGGAGCGCUACGUCAUGACCUGCUUGAGGAAGAAGCCCCGCAAGCCUUACAGCGACCAAGCGGCAAAGAACGGCGGCAAGUCCAAAGAGGAGCUGACCCUGGAGAAGCGACUGGAGCUGGAGAGGAGGCUGCAGGACGUCAGCGGUCAGCUCAACUCGGGCAAGAAACUUGUCAAACCUAAAGCGGAGAAGCCCAACCCCGCGGAGACACACGCCCAGCCCCUUCGCCUCAGCGGCAGCAGCUCCAGUUCGGACUCCUCCUCUUCCUCCUCGUCCUCAUCCUCUUCGUCCUCAGACACCAGUGACUCAGACUCUGGAUGAAAUAUUUUUUUCCGCGCUGGCUGAACUACAUAAGAAAAGAAGAAGAAACUCAGGGACCUGGGCUGGCCCAGGACGCGACACAGCCUGAAAAGUGUUUUAAAAAAAAAAAAACCAACUACACCCAAGCAGACUACUGAAAUCAAUUGAAUGUCGAACUGAAGGGAAUUGGUAAAGAAAAACACUUAUUGCCUUGGUUUCUCCCACCCACGUUUUUGUAAAUACGUGUAUGAACUUGUGUUUCUUUUAUAAAGAAGAAUUUUAUGAUGAUCCUCCCAGAAAAGGAAGUUGGGAUGCAAGGCUUCUUUGGCUGGCCUCGUGUGACAAUAAUAAUAUUUAUUUGUUUUCAUGGACUGCAUUUCCUCGCACAGACACUGGAACAUCAACCUGCGCUUCAUCAUCUCACAUCCCAUUUGGCCCCAGGACCCCGCCGAAAUCCUCAGAUAGUUGACAAUGUUGGCUGGACCGUACUUUAAAAAGCAAAGCUGCCAGGUUCCAUUUGAAGUUAUUUGUUACUUUGCACAAAUGUUCUUGAGGUCUUAAGUAUUUCUUCUUUCCUGAUUCCUGCUCAACAACCUGGUAUUUAUUGCCCUGCGCAGAAAGGGUCGAAAAAUAUUCAUUGCAAAUGCAAACUUUGCAAAGGGAAUUUUUCUUUUGUUUAUUUUUUUCAGCAAUUUCCCAAAAACUUUACAUCAUUUCUGGUGUGGACAAGUGGAGCGAGUGUUGAGUUUCCUGAAACGUUUCUGCAGCACUUAAAACAUGCUGAAGGUUUGGCUUCUCCGCAUUAAAAGAUUGUUUCCUAUUUAAACUGAAUGCAAAUUCUUCAAAUCAAUGUUGUCCACAACCAUGUGUUCAUUGUUCAGAGAAGUGAAAUGGAUGGUUGUAUAUUCUUAAACUGUAUAUGCUGUUGCACUAACUACUGUAUCCCUACUGUUCUUAAUUUUGUAUCUUUAGCUGCUCUUCCAGCACUUCUGUCAUUCCACUUUAUUGUUUCCUCAGUAGAGCUGCUCUGCCCCUUCCAAUGCACACCUUUGAUUUGACAGCUUUGUUUAUUAAAAUAUCUGCGGUAGAAA